AUGCAUAAGACUUCAAUCCUGCUGGCUUUGGGAUUGGCGGUCUGCAAAGCAGCAGCUCAAUCAAGUGAGCCAGCUAGGCAGAACGCCAACCAUAUUUUCAACACCUUGCACAAUUCUAUGCGACAAUGGGGUUCAUCAUUACAUCACAACGGCAUGUCAGCGUUCAUUGCGACUGUUCCGCAGGGAACGCAGUUCUAUCAUGGCACACAGGAUCCAAAGCCUGUCGAGGGAACGGAGUGGCUCGCUUUUGAGCCCGAACACGCUCUGGUGUUUUCUUCUCCUCGGAUACGUGGGCCUCCUCCUGGUGGUAAACGUGAUUCUCGCCGUGGAGAUGCUCCUCGAGCGAAUCUGCAGCACAACGAAAGACGACCAAAGGAGCAGCCUUCAGACCCCCCGCGCCACGACCUAAAGGCCCGUGAUUCUCAGGAACCUUUAACAGAUCAAGCCCGCAGCCACACCAUGAUGCAGCGGGAGCGUGCUAGAGUUCAUUAUGGCCAGGAGAUCAUGAAUGGCGGAGACACCAAAUUUGAAGAAGAUUUACACGGAUACCUGCAUGUCUAUCGCGCGAAACAUGACUUGAGACUAUUGUAUCUUGACGGUCAGUCUGCCGCAAAGUCUUCUCUGGGCACUCUGGAUCUGCAAGAUGUCGUGUUGCUCCACAACAGUCCGCUGCCAGCGCCUAACUUUUCCGCGUUGCGGGAUCCGGAUGAACGCCGUAGUUCUCAUAUGAUGGACGACUCCAAUGACAGGAAGAAGCCAAUCAGACCCAAAUAUCCUCCCGGCGGCAACCCUUUGAAUGAAGGCUAUAGAGCCGAGCACUUGUGCGCCAUGGCGAAAGACGAUUGGGAGGGCAAGAUUGACGGCUUCUUGAGAAUGGAACAGGGCUUUGAGAUCAUUCUGUGCUCGUUCAAACACAAUCUCGUUGUGGAUCGGAUUAGCGAAGUGCAAAAACCAAAGCCGAGAGAUUUUCCUGCCUUUGGAGACCACUCUCUCACAUACUUACAAGCAGUGGCCUCUCGAUACGAUGGUAUCGGCGGCGAGCGUGUUGAACUUGAUUACAACAAUUUUGCAACACUGUACGCUUUUGAAGAUGCCGUAUACUUCGACGAAGACAAAUUGCCACGCGCCAAUAAUGACAAACACAUCCUGCAACCAGUAUUGAAAGCGAUUGAGGAUAUCAUUCUACAUCCUUACAGUGCGCCCGCACGUACAGUCAACUGGCAGGCCGUCACUGAUCUGGUCGUCUCCCGAUACUCGGAUCGCAUUCAGUCUCUGGCCGAGGGCAACUAUUCUGAUGAAAGACUCUUUUUCCGCGACCUGGAAAACGCCGUGCGACCUUUCAUCGAUUAUGAAACACGGAUCCUUUCCGACGAAAUCGAACGUUGCGCGACACAGCCUUUCAGCUCCCUGCCACUAUCUCCUGACAACACCGCUGCGAACGCCAUCUUUCAAGUCACCACGCGGCUUUGCACUUCUCUCUUCGAAGCCCUGGAUAACCCGUUCGAGGAUGCGCAGAUCGCUCUACAGGAUCUGCAAGACUGGCUCGGAUGGAGCACAUUCAAGCGUUGUCGCGGCUGUGCAGUCAAUGAGAUUUGUUUCGUGCCGAUGUGGCCAUUUGGCGCGAAGGAAUUUCACGAAAAGCCGAGAUGUAUUGCGAGUGUGGAAGAGACGGGGCGUGGUUACUGGGGUGGUUUUGGUGGGCCGCAUGAGAGACCUUCUCCACCGCCGCCAGUGUGGUAA